UACUGAGCGAAGUAUCAGCUUCUCCCGGCGCAAAGAAAUCAUUAGCCCACCGCGAAACCGCGAGAAUUGGACACUGCCUCUGGCCCUCUGAUGCCAAGGUAUCUGUCAGAAUCGGCCUGCCAAGACAAAUCAAGAAGUUGCUCCGGCUCCGAGAAUUCUUGGGAUAAUUUAACGAUCGUAGCUCUUCAGAGGCAGAAAGGCAAAGGCGCUGAAAGCGGGAUGAGAGAUCACUUGGGACUGAAGGGCCCGGCUGGGCGGAGACCAAUGCCAUUUCUCUCUUUGUUGUCUUUGUUCUGCCCGGUGCUCUCGGAGCAGAUCCUCUAUACUAUUCCGGAGGAGCUGGCCAGGGGAUCACUUGUAGGGAACCUCGCCAAGGACCUGGGGCUUGGUGUGCGAGAUUUGCCUGCUCGAAACCUGCGGGUUAGUGCACAGAAGAAAUUCUUCACAGUGAGUACUGAGAAUGGGGACUUACUUGUUAGUGACCGUAUAGACCGAGAGCAAAUUUGUGGCGAGAAGUCAACAUGUGUUCUAGAAUUCGAAUUGGUCGCUGAAAAGCCUUUGAACUUUUUUCAUGUAAGUGUGGUAAUUCAGGAUGUCAAUGACAACCCACCGACGUUUAGCCAAAAUAUCACUGAAUUGGAAAUCAGUGAACUUGCUGUAACUGGAGCCACCUUUGCCCUGGAACCUGCACAAGAUUCAGAUGUAGGUGUCAAUUCCCUGCAGCAGUAUUACCUCAGUCCCAACCCACACUUCUCUUUGAUGCAGAAGGAGAAUCCAGAUGGCAGUAGGUACCCAGAACUGGUAGUGAAGACUCCCCUGGACAGGGAGGAGCAGUCCCGCCACCACCUGGUCCUCACGGCUGUGGAUGGGGGUAACCCAGCCAGAAGCUGCACUACCCAGAUCAUGGUGGUUGUGGCAGAUGCAAAUGAUAAUGCACCAGUGUUUACCCAGGAGAUUUAUAGGGUCAGUGUUCCUGAGAACCUGCCUGUGGGCUCCUCUAUACUAAGAGUGAUGGCCACUGACUUGGAUGAAGGGGUCAAUGCUGAGAUCACCUACACUUUCAUCAACAUUGGUAAGGCAGUGAGACGGCUGUUCAAACUGGACAGUACAACAGGGGAACUCACCACUAGUGGAGGACUGGACUUUGAACAGAGAGAGAGCUACACAAUUGGGGUGGAAGCAAAGGAUGGUGGACGUCACACAGCACACUGUAAAGUACAAAUAGAUAUUUUGGAUGAAAACGACAAUGUUCCAGAGAUAACCCUGGAUUCUGAAUCUAAACAUAUUCUAGAGGAUGCUAAGUUGGGGACUGUUGUUGCCCUGAUCAAAACAUAUGACCUCGAUUCUGGAUAUAAUGGGGAAGUUUUCUGCCAACUAAAAGGAAAGUUCCCGUUUAAAAUAGUUCAAGAUAUAAAAAACACAUACAAGUUGGUCACAGAUGGAGCCCUAGAUCGAGAGCAGACUCCAGAAUACAACAUUACCAUCACAGUCACUGACAGGGGAAGGCCGCCCCUCUCCUCCAACAGAAGCAUCACCUUGAACAUUGCAGAUGUCAACGACAAUGCUCCUGUUUUCCACCAGGCCUCUUACGUGGUCCACGUAGCAGAAAACAACCCUCCCGGAGCUUCUAUUUUCCAAGUCAGCGCCUCCGAUCCCGACCUGGGGCCCAACGGCCACGUCUCCUACUCCAUCGUGGCCAGCGACCUGGAGCCACGGGCGCUGGCGUCCCACGUGUCCGUGAACACGCAGAGCGGCGUGGUGUUCGCGCAGCGCGCCUUCGAUCACGAGCAGCUGCGCGCCUUCGAGCUGACGGUGCAGGCGCGCGACCAGGGCUAGCCAGCGCUCAGCGCCAACGUGAGCCUGCGCGUGUUGGUGGGCGACCGCAACGACAACGCGCCCAGGGUGCUGUACCCGGCGCUGGGGCCCGACGGCUCGGCGCUCUUCGACACGGUGCCGCGCGCCGCGCAGCCCGGCUACCUGGUCACCAAGGUGGUGGCGGUGGACGCCGACUCGGGACACAAUGCCUGGCUGUCGUACCACGUGCUGCAGGCCAGCGAGCCCGGACUCUUCAGCCUGGGGCUGCGCACGGGCGAGGUGCGCACUGCGCGUGCUUUGGGCGACCGGGACGCGGCGCGCCAGCGCCUGCUGGUCGCCGUGCGGGACGGGGGACAGCCGCCCCUUUCCGCAACUGUCACGUUGCUCCUGGUUUUCGCAGACAGCCUACAAGAGGCGCUGCCAGAUUUCAGCGACCAUCCUACACCCUCUGACCCCCAGGCCGAGCUACAGUUUUACCUGGUGGUGGCCUUGGCCUUGAUCUCAGUGCUUUUUCUCCUCGCCGUGAUUCUAGCGGUUGCCCUGAGCCUGCGACGCUCCUCGAGCCCUUCCGCUUGGAGCUGCUUUAAGACUGAUGUCUGCUCCCAGGCUGGAUCUGGGGUUAUCCCCAACUUUAGCGAAGGCACAUUGCCUUAUUCUUACAAUUUAUGUGCUGCGUCACAUUCCUCAGAGACUGAGUUUAAAUUUCUCAGUAUAAAGCCUGAAAAUGGUCCAUCACAAGAUCUUCUAUGUAACGAAGCCUCUUGGUUUGAAAGUACCAGUAAUGCCGAUCCCAAAAUGACUUCUAAUUCAGUCAAUUUGCAACAGGUGAGUUACUUCAAAACCCUUUAUUUCCAUAAGUAUAAUUAG